AGGAGUGCGAGGGGAGCGUUACCCGGGGACACUCGGCCCGGGAUGGCGGCCGGCCCGGCAAACGGAGGCUGGGAAACGGUCGGCAAGCGGAGGGCGAAGCGGAGAGAGGCCGGUGGGCGGACGGCAGAACAGCCGAGCGUGUGUGAGGGGGACAAGGUCCGGCACAGGCUGCGGGAGACGGUAGAGGAGUUGCGGAGUUCAGAAUUCUGGGCCAUUUGCCGUGAAACAGCCCAGAGAGCGGUAAACAAAUACUGCACCACUCCAAAGGCACCAGCGUCAUGUUGCUCACCAGAUGUUGGAGCUGCCAAAGUCCUGGAGGAUCAGAAGGAUGAUAUAGAUCUUUGUCAAACCACACUCGACUUAGUAUGUUACGGGAUUGGAAACUUUUCCGAUUCGGUUGCAUCUCGCUAUCAGUUGGCCCUGCUCUUUCUGCUGCUCGAGACACUACAGAUCCCUCGAGUGAGCUGCCUUCUCUUUGAUCCGUUGUUUACAGAAUGGGAGAAGAGUUUCCUGAAGGACUGUGGGAUGGUGGUGAUCACAGAAAAUGAGGAAGGAAAGCGGCCCAUCAACCGACCGACCCUCUUCUAUAUGGUUCAUUGUGGAAAGGCUCUCUAUAACAACCUUCUGUGGAGAAACUGGUCACCGCAACAACUUGCCCAAACCAUUCUUAUUGGAAACAGUUUUAAAGGGAUAGAGGAGAGGUCGCCAGCCAGGAUACUACAGAGAGACUACACUUACAUCAGUUCUAUAUUGGCAGUGACCGAAGAGGCAGCAUUCCCUGACAGCAAUAGAUAUCUGGAUGUAUUUAAUGAUACCUCCAUUCAUCAGUUUCCUAGAGAAAAACUGGAUGCAAAGCCCAGAGAGUUCUGGGAGGGUGCAGCCGAACCAAUGUACCAGCAGUGUGAGGACUUGGAAAUAAUCCAGAACGGCUGAGAAUGUCUUUCAUUGUCAGAGUUGGGAGAAAAAUCCAGGUGAAAUGCACUGCAUUGUCCAAAGAAAUGGGAUUAAAAAAGGCUAUCAAGUGUAACUUUAAGAAUUUCAGAAUGUAAACAUUGCACAACCUGACCUCUGAUCAGCAAGUGAGAGUGGAUUCCCUCUCUGUGGGAAGGAGAGGUUUUAACAAAAAAAUGACUGGCAAAAUUCGCUGCUCUAAAUUUAACUGGUAAACCUCUGCUGUUGUGGCCUACAGCCGAGACCUUGCCUGAUACAACAAGUCAGGGAUCAAAUAGUUUGCAACGAUUUCACAAGCUUUGGAAUGCAAGUGCCUGUGUGGUGAGAAACCCUUGGAUGCCAUCAACCAAAGUCACUCUCUUCUGCCCAAUCUUUUCCCUUUUCAUUCAACUGCGUGGAUUGAAUAAUCCCCCAACACUGUUUUUACCCAAUUGCCAGUGGUUGGUGCAUCUUUUGAUGCUUCGUGUCUGUUGAUAGUGAGUAGAAAGACAAUGUUAAUGUCUGUAUUUUUAUUACUGAAAUAACAGAUCACAGUAUUACAACAUUUGUAAAAACUAAAUUAUUCCAUAACAAAAAGAUAUUCCUCACAAUUUAACGAUGCUUACAGAUGAUUCAUGAAUAAAAGCAAGAAUAAAACUGCAAAUGGCAAUUCUGAUUUGAUGCACACAUUUGAAUACUAGAAUAAAGCAGCACAAAAGGUGAAUUAAAAAUGGUAAA